CAGUCCUAUACCUAACAGAUAAGGUACCUCUGUUCCGACGUUGGGAACGUCUAGAUUCAGGAAUGCUUUCAUUCUCACUUUCGGCAUCAGAUCCACCUGAAUUUACUGACCCCCGUACAGACUGACCUACUGAAUCAUCAGCUGACACCUCGUGGUCAUGCUUCCUAAUACCUGUGUCUAAUUCAUCCUCAUCUUCCCCUCUACACCCUGUGUUUAUAUGUGUGGUUUGGUUCUGAAGCGAGUGAAUACACGGCGGUUCUGGCAGAACUUCGCACAUCUCCAACACCGAGCACUAUUAUGGAGUACACAUUUCUCAGAAGUCAUGGUGUCAGACUGACUGGAGUCCGGUACUGACCGCUUUGGGUAGAGCCUUCAGGAUGGAGUUGGGGAAGAUGUCCACAGCUCAUUUAAUAAAGAAACUCAUUCAAUUUGGGGUAGAAGUCACAGAAGAGGAGAGGAAAACAUUUGAGGAAAAAAUUACUUGAACUGUUCAUGGCGAGUUCCAAGAAAAACGAACAGUGUUGGCAUGUUGCUAACACUCCGCUGAUCUUCAGAGUGAUGCACAUCGAGUAUAUUGACGAGGAUCAGUAUCUGAUUACCCUGCACCUGACCCACGGUCAAUUCUCCUGGACUAUAAAAAGGCUAUUUAAAUAUCUAAAUGGCUCAUGCAAAAAGCAGCAGAAGUCAGAGCACAUGGCUGAGAAGACGCCCUCUGACAGUACCAAGAGAAUGGAGGAACUGAAAUACCUGAAAGAAGACCUAACAAUCACUCUAAAGAAGAUCUUACACAAAAGCUACUAUGGCAUGAUGGAGUUCCUUGGCAUCAGCCCUCUGUCCUUUAUCAAAGAUCUUGGACCCAAAGGCCCGGAGGGAUUUAUUUUGAAGGCACUUGGCCGUCACCGUUUGCAUCAUCUCCCAUGUCUGUGGUUGAAAUGCUGGCUUGUGGUCAAGGACUCAUUUCUGCUCUACAUGUCCAGAGAUCAUGAGGUGUUGUACGUGAUGCUUUUCGACCCUGAGCUGAAAGUCCUGCUUGAGGAGGAUAAGAGCUCUGAGCCACAAGAUCUGGUGGGAGAGGACAGGAUCAACCCCAAGCUACAAAUUCUGGUGGAAGAGGAGAGGAUCAACCCUGAACUGCAAGUUUCAGUGGAAGAGCAGAGGAUCAACCCUGAACUGCAAGUUUCGGUGGAAGAGGAGAGGAUCAACCCUGAACUGCAAGUUUCGGUGGAAGAGGAGAGGAUCAACCCUGAACUGCAAGUUUCGGUGGAAGAGGAGAGGAACAACCCUGAGCUGCAAGUUUUGGAAGAGAACUGUAAAGUCAGCAUGUGCAUCCAGAACGCCAGGAGGGAGAUGACCAUUAAGUGUAAUAGCUACAGGCAGGCCCAAUGGUGGAAAGAGGAGAUAGAUCAUCUGUCUGAACAUUGCGAUUUUCUCAAGACUCACCGAUUUGAUGGCUUCGCCCCACCUAGAUCUGACUCCCUCACCAAAUGGUACGUGAACGGGAGUGGAUAUUUCUCAGACCUGGCAGACGCACUGGAGAAGGCGGAGGAGGAGAUCUUCAUCACUGAUUGGUGGAUAAAUCCCGAAAUUUUCCUCAAGUGUCCAGCAAAGAAUACGUACUGGCGUCUGGACCACAUCCUCAAGCGCAAAGCCGAGGCAGGUGUGAAGGUGUCUGUACUGUUGUACAAAGAGAUUACAUUUGCCAGGGGCAUUAACAGCAGCUACAGUAAGAGGACCCUGAUGGACCUGCACCCAAAUAUCAAGGUGAUGCGUCAUCCCGACGACGUGGCCUCCGGUGUCUUCCUGUGGUCCCACCAUGAAAAGAUGGUGGCCAUCGACCAAUCGGUAGCCUUCAUGGGCGGGCUGGACCUUGCUUUUGGGAGAUGGGACGACAACAAUUACAGGUUGACUGACGUUGUAGAAUCGUGCACAGAUAUUCAGGGUGCAUGUUCAGAUCCAGAGACUAAAGGGAACGAUGUACCUGUCGCUGGCAGAGCAGAUGAAGAAAAGGAUUAUAACAACUUCUUUUUCACAAAGGACUGGGAAAAGCUGAACAAUCCUUAUGAAGAUAACGUGGACCAAACGCACGUGCCUCGCAUCCCGUGGCGCGACGUCGGAGCACUGGUCUAUGGGAAGGCAGCCAGGGACCUGGCACGCCACUUUAUCCAGCGCUGGAACUUCACUAAGAACUCUAUGAUGAAGUGUAACACCACUAUUUACCCGUACCUGCUGCCUAAGAGUCACACUACUGCCGAUAUGCUUCCUUUCACUGAGCCUGAAAUGGCCAAAGCAUCUGUGCAGGUACUUCGCUCCGUGGGUCAGUGGUCAGCUGGGACAUUCGAAUGUUCUAUACAAAAGGCGUAUGUAGACACCAUCAAGAACAGCCAGCACUACAUUUAUAUAGAGAACCAGUUUUUUAUUAGCGUUGAUGAGACUGCCGGAACCUCUUGCGCUGAUAAGACUCCUAAGAUAAGCAACGGCAUAGCAGACGCUAUUGUCGAUAGGAUCCUGCAUGCACACAAGAAUGGGCAGAAGUACAGAGUGUUUGUGGCGAUUCCUCUCCUGACUGGAUUCGGGGGAGACAUCAGUAAGGGAGUAAGCGACGGCAUGCGUGCAGUACUGCAUUAUACUUACAGUACAAUUAGUUGUGGAAAAAAGUCCAUUAUAAGCCGACUCGAGACAGAGAUGAAGGAUGAAUGGAGGCAGUACUUCUCUCUGUGUAGCAUGCGCACGCACUCUGAGCUUAUCUACAUCAACAGCAAAUUGCUGAUCGCCGAUGACCGCCGCUACAUCAUCGGUUCUGCCAACAUUAACAACAGGAGUCUGUUGGGAUAUCGGGACAGUGAGCUGGCCGUGCUGGUGGUGGACGAUCAGAGGGUUCCGUCCCUAAUGAACAGAGAAGAGUAUGAAGCUGGGCCUCUCGCGCUCGCUCUGCGGAAGGAGUGCUUCAGGGUCCUGCUGGGGGCCGCAGUAGAUAUCGACGACCCAGUCAGUGAUCAUUUCUUCACCAAGGUGUGGAACAAAAUCGCCCAUUCAAAUACCUCCAUCUAUGAAACGUUGAGUACGAGGCCCAGCAACCAGGCCCAGAGCGAACAGGCCAGAGAGUGAGACGGCUGUUGAGGAGGGGCUCAACAUCUGCAACAUCCACAACUUCGUCAACUUCCCCCUGGACUUCCUGCGCAACGAGAACCUGCUUCCACCAGCCAUCAAUAAUAAAUAAUAAAAGGAGGCCCAGAGUUCUGCUUGGAAGGACCAGGGUUGAUGGUGUUUGACCUUACAUCUAGUCACAGAAGUGGAAAACAGAGGAAGACUGUUAAGAAUGCAAGCCUGACCAUAAAAGCACAUAGAAUAAACAUGAGACAAUAGAUAAUGUGGAAAAAUCACUCACCCAUGGUACAGACACAUAGUAGAAAGAUGUAAAGGUAAUGCAUUCAGUCGUCUGUGGUGGAAAAAGGCCUCAUGGGUAAAUAAAGAGUAAGCAAAACGGUAGAGAACAUAUAGGCACCUGUGACGACAGGCCGGCGGCCGGCACACAAAAGAGGAAAAACGCUCCUACAUUAUGGUGAUGAUGCUGUUCUCUGGAGUACGGUGGUGGAUCUAUUGAUGAAGGAAUCUGGAUAUAUCAAAUCAAAUGAUAAAUUUAAGUGUCUAAAUCCUCCUGCUGCCUCUUUUCAUAGUCGUCUCUUUUACCCAAAACUAGUGUUGAGUUACACACUAAACAUACAACAAGAAUCAUUAAUCACUUACAUGCUGGAUGUCCUCCCUCCAUACUGUUUCUUCUCCUCAUUGGUGCUGCUGAGUCCUAAGUCGCUCCACUCACCAGGAAACAUCAGAACCAGUCAGAAUGAGAGAGACAUUCUUCAGAAGGUAUAGUUAGACAGAUGAUAUCAUUAAAGUUAUGUUUUAUACACUAUAACUAACCACUUUCACUGUUUAAAUGACGCUUCCUUACAAUAUCUGAAGAGUUGCAGCAUUAAUCAUCAUUAAAGUAUAUUUCAUGUAUUUACAUAUGAGUUAUUAAGUGUAGAUUUACUAUCUGGAAGUACUGACCUUCUGAGAAGAUUUUAACUGCUUAAUUUAAUAAGUUACUCACUUUCUGGAGGUAACCACUCCUUGCUGUUUCUUCUUCUGAUGGGGGCUGAUGAUUCUGGAUCUCUCUGUUCCUGCAGCUGCUUUGUUUUCUCCUCUAGAAGUCUGUCUUUCUCCUGAAGCUGUUUGUCUCUUUCCAUUAGCUGCGUCUCUCUCUCAGUUAGAAGACACUCUUUCUCUUCAAGAUGUUUGUUUUUUUCUGCUAACUCAGUUUUCUGUUGCUCCAGUACGAUCAUCUUGUCCUGCAGCUCCUGUCCCAGUGUCUCCAGUUUAUUUGUACUGGUUUCCAGCUCUUUAUCUGUGUUCUUCAGCUGUUUUUCUUUCUCACAGCAGUUUCUUCAUAUUCUCCAGUUCUGAGAUUUUCUCCUUAAUCUGUUCAGUGGCAUUUUGAAGUUUUUCAUUUGAGUCCAUUAACGCUACAUCUCUCUCAGAAGGAGUCUUCGUAUUAGUCUCCAGACGUUCUUUUAGAACCGUCAGCUGUUCAUUUUUCUCCUUUAAUUCUUUUUCCUUCCCCACAAGUUUUCUCUCCUUUUCUCUCCUUUUCCUCCACUUGUAUUCAUGCCUCCUGUAUUUGUCUUUCAGUUUCAGUUGUUGAUCUCUCCUGUAGAGCUCUUUCUCUCUCCUAUAGCUCUUCAGUCGACUUCUCUAGUUUUGUAUUUGUAUCUUUGAGUAGUGCGUCUUUCUCCUCCAUGAUUUUCUCUCUGUUUCUCAGUUCUGUGUCUUUAUUCUCUAUUUGUCUUUUACACUCCUCUAGCUGUUACUCUUUGUUCCAGUGAUUUAGACAGUUCCAGCUCAGUGUUUUUUAGCUCUUCAGUUUUUUCCAGUUUUCUGAUGUUUGUUUUAAAUUCACGAUAAAUCAUUUUUUCAUCUAUUUUAUAUUCUGAAGUAAUUAAAACCGAUUGUUAUUUGUGAAUAAUGUGUGGAGAAAGAAUGCUAUCUUCAGAAAAAAUAUAGUAAAAAAAUCCAUAUAAUAUAAUUAAAGAAUGAGCUUUUUUCCAGUCUCUCUUACUACUAUAGAGCAGAUUUCCCUGAAUUUAUUAACAAAAAUAAUGAAUUUGUUGGAGUCUCAAUUAUUUCUCGAUUUUCCUGCUGUGUGAUUUCCACCCCGAAAUAUUCUGAUUAUUUAUUGUAAUAACAAUAACCUUGAAAUUCAUGUUUUCUACACACAAUUACACACAAAAACAAUGGCAUGCAGUGUGAAUUCUUUACACCUCGAUAAAAUUUCUGUACGGUGUGUAAAUAAUAUCUUUAAUAGAGACUGUGACACGUUGUGAAUUUCAGACUACAUGCUGACUGGAGAUGUCGUUAUUGAACACUUCACUGUGCAACAAAUGAACAGGUGUGUUUAUUUUUGUAGCUCCUUCCAUACUCAUCAGUCAGUAGAGCAGAUGUCUCCAUUUCCACUCUCUCAUCUUCUGUCCAUUCUCUAUCUCUGUGGAAGGGAAUAAAACAGCGUGAAGGUUUUCUACAUGACUCCAUACUGUAUGUAAAUAAAGUGUUAAAUAAACAUGAAGUGUUUCUCUGUUCAGAUCA